AUGGCUCAGGGAAGACUAUGCAACAGAGACGGCUUGAUCUUGACGGCAAUGGUGUUAACGGAGUUUUCUAACGUAGGAGUAAACACUUUGGUCAAAUCAUUGACUUCCAAAGGACUUACCGCCUGUGUGGUUCUCGUCUACUCCUACGAACUUUAUAAUGUUGGGAGUUGA